AUGAGGUUCGGGAAGCUGGCGUUCACGCAGUCGCACCCCAAGCGCUCGCCGGAGGAGGCCGAUCUGGUGAUCCUGACCUACGUGCGCCCGAGCUACUGGCUCAGCGGCCUGGAGCUCUGUUGGGGCGUCAUGACGGGCCUGAUCGCCAUUGCCAAGUCGGCGCGCGACGUCUACAUCCUGCGCGUGUUCCUGGGGCUCUGCGAGAGCAGCGCCUGGCCCGGCAUGGUGACCCUUUUGAUGCACUGGUAUACGCCCACCGAGCUCGCUAAGCGCAUGGGCUUCUACCAUUCGUGUCAGGCGAUUGGUAAUAUGAUUUCCCCCAUACGCCAGAUGUCGGGAGCUCUUCAAGUAGCUAUCCUAAACACCCUACACGGCUCGAGCGGCAUCGCCGGGUGGCGGUGGCUCUUCGUCAUCAACGGCGUCAUGACCGUCGUCGUCGGCCUCCUGGGUUUCGUCAUGCUGCCCGAUCUGCCGAAUCGCCCGAACCCGCGCGCCUUCUGGUUCAAGGAGGGCCACGCGCGGCUCGCGAUGGAGCGGCUGGAGCGGCACGGGAGGGCCGAGCCGAAGAAGAUGAGUUGGGCCGCUGCUCAGCGCACGUUUAGAAGUUGGGUGGUGUACUUUAUACCGGUGCUGUACAUCUCGACUGUGCUUGCUUCUUAUGGGUAUAACUACUUCAACCUGUUCCUCAAGGCCCUGAAGAACCCCGACGGCACACCGCGGUGGUCCGUUUCGGAUAUCAACGCGAUUCCUAUCGGAGGCGGUGCCAUUAACGUCGUGUUCGUCUGGAUCUGGGCCAUCCUGUCCGACCUCCUGCAGACGCGCUGGACGCUCAUAGUAGCCCAAGCCCUCAUCGGCCUCAUCCCCUGCAUCGCCAUGAGCGUGUGGACCGCACACCCGACGACCACGCCCCUAGCAACGGCCUACGCCAGCUACUUCAUCUCGUACCUGUGCCUCGGCACGGCGCCGCUGAUCAUGUCGUGGCUGUCGGACCUGCUGCCUCAGGACCCCGAGGCCCGCACGCUGAUCACCGGCGUGGCCGUCGCGGGCUACUACGCCGUGUCGGCCUGGUCGCAGGUGCUUGUCUGGCCCGCUGUGGAGGCGCCUUAUUACAAACACGGCUGGCAGAGCUCGAUCGCGCUGUGGAUCCUCGUCAUCGCCAUGACCUGCACCCUGCGGUACAUCGACGUCAAGUGGCUCCUACCCAAGCGCGAGGAGUUCAGAGCGACUGUUAUUGAAGGCGCCAAGGUGCAGGACAACGAGGCAGAAGCCGCGGGCGAGAGCUCGAGCGCUGCGCAGAUAGACGCUGGUAGCGCUGCUACGAGCAAGAACUUGAAGUCUGUUGGUGUUGACCGGACGCUGGAAGUUUAG